AUGUUCCUUGACAAAAUAAAACCAACUACAGAAAUAAACGACGCAAGACUGAAAGAUUGGGUAAAAGCUUUCCCAUUCACAAAAGAUAUAGUUGGUAACAUGGAAAGAAAACCAGAAUGGCUACAAAAACAUAUAUUUGGAAACGAGCAUAUUCCAUAUGGACAGGCACUGUUUGAAGAGCUUGAACCAGAAACUCAGGAAAGAGUCAUGCAAACAAUACGCGAAGACUCAAAUACAGACUAUGACAAACUCUUUCUAGGAUAUAGGUUACCUGAGAUGGGCGACCAGAGCCAAAAGGCAAAAAGGACAUGGGAAAUUUGCAACAUACUAGAUGAACAUAAUGCAAAGAUGCAACAACUUCAAGCAGAGGGCAAUGAAGGAAAAAGAAGAGUUAAAAACUCAGUCAGGAAGAAAGUAAAGCUUGGUCGGAGUGGGUUCUAUUAUGACAUAUAA